CCGGCGGCCGCGCCGGGAGGGCUGCGGCGGCCCCGCGCCGAGGGAGGGAGCGCGGAGGCAGCAGCCAUGGCACUCGUGGCUCCGGAGACUCGGAAGUUCACGCGGGCGCUGAGCAAGCCCGGCACGGCGGCCGAGUUGCGGCAGAGCGUCUCCGAGGUGGUGCGCGGCUCCGUUCUCCUGGCAAAACCAAAGCUUAUAGAACCAAUAGACUAUGAAAAUGUUAUCGUUCAGAGGAAAACACAGAUUUUGAAUGAUCCUCUACGUGAGAUGCUACUGUUCCCUUAUGAUGACUUCCAGACAGCAUUACUGCAACGGCAGAGUCGAUACAUUCGUUCAACAGUUCCUGAAAAUGCAGAGAAAGAAGCUCAGAGCCUGUUUGUAACUGAGUGCAUCAAAACCUAUAAUUCAGACUGGCAUAUUGUUAACUAUAGAUAUGAAGAUUACUCAGGAGAGUUUCGACAGCUUCCAAAUAAAGGGACAAAGCCAGACAAGCUUCCUGUUCAUUUAUAUGAAGUGGAUGAAGAAGCAGAUAAAGAUGAGGAUGCAGCAUCUCUUGGGUCUCAGAAAGGUGGAAUAACAAAACAAGGAUGGCUGUACAAAGGGAACAUGAACAGUGCAAUCAGUGUGACAAUGAGAUCUUUUAAAAGAAGAUUUUUCCACUUAAUCCAGCUUGGUGAUGGAUCCUAUAAUCUCAAUUUCUACAAAGAUGAAAAAAUAUCAAAAGAACCUAAAGGAUCAAUAUUUCUAGAUUCGUGCAUGGGGGUGGUUCAGAACAAUAAAGUCAGACGUUUCGCAUUUGAGCUCAAGAUGCAAGACAAGAGUAGUUUCCUUUUAGCUGCAGACAGUGAACUUGAAAUGGAGGAGUGGAUAAACACUCUGAACAAAAUCCUUCAGCUUAACUUUGAGGCUGCAAUGCAAGAAAAAAGAAAUGGCGAGUCCCACGAAGAUGAUGAACAAAGCAAACUGGAAAGCUCAUCAAGUAGUUUUGAUAACUACUAUCCUGAAAUUGCCAAGAGUACCAGAGAAGCAGAAAUCAAGCUGAAAACUGAAAGCAGAGUUAAACUUUUUGCCUUGGAUCCAGAUGCACAGAAACUUGACUUUUCUAGUAUUGAACCAGAAGUGAAGCCAUUUGAAGAGAAAUUUGGAAAAAAAAUUCUUGUAAGGUGUAAUGAUUUAUCUUUUAAUUUGCAAAGCUGCGUUGCAGAAAAUGAAGAAGGACCGACAACAAAUGUAGAACCUUUCUUUGUCACACUGUCACUAUUUGAUAUUAAAAACAACAGGAAGAUUUCAGCAGAUUUCCAUGUUGAUUUGAACCACGCCUCAGUAAGACACAUGCUGUCCAGUGCAUCUCAACAAAUGAUGAAUGGCAGUGGUGAUAGCUUACACAGAAUUCAGGACAUCCAUGAAACUGUCUUGCAAUAUCCAAAGCAGGGAAUAUUCUCAGUCACAUGUCCUCAUACUGACAUUUUCCUUGUGGCUAGAAUAGAAAAGGUAUUACAGGGAAGUAUUACACAUUGUGCUGAACCGUAUAUGAAAAGUUCAGAUUCGUCAAAGGUUGCACAGAAAGUUUUGAAGAAUGCUAAGCAGGCAUGCCAGAGAUUAGGUCAAUACAGGAUGCCUUUUGCCUGGGCAGCUAGGACAUUGUUUAAAGAUGCCUCAGGAACCCUGGACAAAAAUGCAAGGUUUUCUGCUCUCUUCAGACAAGACAGUAAUAAGCUCUCAAAUGAAGACAUGUUGAAAUUGUUAGCAGAUUUCAGGAAACCUGAAAAGAUGGCCAAACUUCCUGUUAUUUUAGGAAAUCUGGAUGUUACAAUUGACAAUGUGUCACCAGAUUUUCCAAAUUACGUUAACUCAUCAUACAUUCCCAUGAAACAGUUUGAAAACAGUACCAAGACACUCACAGCAUUUGAAAUAGAGGAGUUUGUUCCCUGUAUACCGAAAUGCACUCAGCCUUUUACCAUCUACAACAAUCAUCUUUAUGUUUAUCCAAAGCAUUUAAAAUAUGACAGUCAAAAGUCUUUUGCAAAGGCUAGAAAUAUUGCAGUGUGUGUUGAGUUCAAGGAUUCUGAUGAAGAGGACUCUUUGCCUUUGAAGUGUAUCUAUGGUAGGCCUGGUGGACCAGUAUUUACUAGAAGUGCAUUUGCUGCUGUUCUGCAUCACCAUCAAAAUCCAGAGUUUUAUGAUGAGAUUAAAAUAGAAUUGCCCACUCAGUUACAUGAAAAGCACCAUUUGUUGUUCACCUUCUACCAUGUGAGCUGUGAUAAUUCAAGCAAAGGGAGUACAAAGAAGAAAGAUGUCGUUGAAACACAAGUUGGGUAUUCAUGGCUUCCUUUGAUAAAAGAUGGAAGAGUGGUCACCAAUGAGCAACAAAUCCCAGUGUCAGCAAAUCUUCCAUCGGGCUAUCUUAGUUAUCAAGAAGUGGGUGUUGGAAAGCAUUCUGGUCCUGAAAUUAAAUGGGUAGAUGGAGGCAAACAACUGUUAAAAAUAUCCACUCAUCUGGUGUCAACUGUGUAUACACAGGACCAGCAUUUACAUAAUUUUUUUCAGUACUGUCAGAAAACAGAGUCUGGAGCUUGCGCACUGGGAACUGAUCUUGUAAAAUAUCUUAAGAGCCUUCAUGCUAUGGAAGGCCAUGUGAUGAUAGCUUUCCUGCCAACUGUUCUAAACCAGUUGUUCAGAGUUCUCACCAGAGCAACUCAAGAGGAAGUUGCUGUCAAUGUGACAAGGGUUAUUAUCCAUAUUGUUGCUCAGUGUCAUGAAGAAGGCCUGGAUAGCUACCUGAGAUCUUAUGUGAAGUAUGCAUAUAAAGCAGAACCCUACGUUGCUUCUGAAUAUAAGACAGUACAUGAAGAGUUGACAAAGUCAAUGACAACAAUUUUAAAGCCAUCUGCUGACUUUCUUACGAGCAACAAGCUGCUUAAGUAUUCAUGGUUUUUCUUUGAAGUUCUGAUAAAGUCAAUGGCUCAACAUUUGAUAGAAAACUCUAAAGUGAAGCUGUUGAGAAACCAGAGAUUUUCUGCCUCCUUUCAUCAUGCAGUGGAAACGGUUGUUAAUAUGCUAAUGCCACACAUCACUCAGAAGUACAGAGACAAUCCAGAGGCCUCAAAAAAUGCAAACCAUAGCCUGGCUGCCUUUAUUAAAAGGUGUUUCACUUUUAUGGAUAGAGGCUUUGUUUUCAAGCAAAUCAAUAACUACAUCAGCUGCUUUGCCCCAGGAGAUCCAAAGGCUCUUUUUGAAUUCAAAUUUGAAUUUCUUCGUGUAGUCUGUAAUCAUGAACACUAUAUACCUUUGAAUCUACCCAUGCCAUUUGGAAAAGGCAGAGUUCAGAGAUACCAAGACCUUCAACUGGACUAUUCAUUAACUGAUGAAUUCUGUAAAAAUCACUUCUUGGUUGGACUGCUUCUAAGGGAGGUGGGCAAUGCCUUACAAGAGUUCAGAGAUGUGCGGCAGAUUGCCAUUAGUGUGCUCAAGAAUUUGAUGAUAAAGCAUUCUUUUGAUGAUAGAUAUGCUACCAGGGGCCAUCAGGCAAGAAUAGCCACCAUGUAUUUGCCACUCUUUGGUCUGCUCAUAGAAAACGUUCAGCGGAUCAAUGUGAAAGAUGUGUCUCCAUUUCCUGUUAACCCUUCCAGCAAUAGCACAAAGGAUGAUGCGCAGAUUUUGCCAACUGCAAGUCAGUUAGUAACACCACAAAAAUCAGGAAACACAUUGGAUAACAAUCUUCCUAAAGAUCUAUUUGGUGUUAUCUCUGGCAUUGCUUCCCCAUAUACCACAUCAACUCCAAAUAUUAAUAGUGUGAGGAACGCUGACUCAAGAGGCUCUCUUAUAAGCACAGACUCAGGAAACAGUCUCCCAGAAAGACACAGUGACAAGAGCAAUUCUCUUGACAAGAACCAACAGAGCAGCACUUUAGGAAGUUCUGUUGUUCGAUAUGACAAACUUGACCAAGCAGAGAUCAAAAGCCUGCUCAUGUGUUUCCUUCAUAUUUUAAGAAGCAUGUCAGAUGAUGCAUUGUUUACUUAUUGGAACAAGGCUACAAAAUCUGAACUCAUGGACUUUUUCACGAUUACAGAAGUGUGCUUACAUCAGUUCCAGUACAUGGGAAAACGAUACAUAGCCAGGAACCAGGAGGGGUUAGGAUCCAUAGUUCAUGAUCGAAAAUCUCAGACAUUGCCUGUUUCCCGUAACAGAACAGGAAUGAUGCAUGCCAGAUUGCAGCAGCUGAGCAGCCUGGAUAACUCUCUCACUUUUAACCACAGCUAUGGCCAUUCAGAUGCAGAUGUCCUUCACCAGUCUUUACUUGAAGCAAAUACUGCCACUGAAGUUUGCAUUACAAUUCUGGACACUCUGUCAUUAUUCACAAUGGCUUUUAAGAAUCAGCUACUGACUGAUCACGGACAUAAUCCACUGAUGAAGAAAGUAUUUGAUGUAUACCUCUGCUUCCUUCAAAAGAAUCAGUCUGAAACAGCAUUGAAAAAUGUAUUCAGCUUAAGGGCACUUAUUUACAAGUUUCCCUCUACAUUUUAUGAAGGUAGAGCUGAUAUGUGUUCUGCACUGUGCUAUGAAAUUCUGAAGUACUGUAAUUCCAAGCUGAGUUCAAUUCGCAAUGAAGCUUCGCAGUUACUGUACUUUUUGAUGAGAAAUAAUUUUGACUACACAGGGAAGAAAUCUUUUGUUCGAACACAUCUGCAAGUUAUUAUUUCAGUAAGCCAGUUAAUUGCUGAUGUGGUUGGAAUUGGAGGAACUAGAUUUCAGCAGUCUCUUUCCAUCAUCAACAAUUGUGCCAAUAACGACAGAAUUAUUAAGCACACUACAUUCCCUUCUGAUGUUAAGGAUUUAACCAAACUUCGUACAGUACUGAUGGCUACGGCUCAGAUGAAGGAACAUGAGAAUGAUCCAGAGACUGUAGACCUCCAGUACAGCUUGGCAAAGUCUUAUGCUAGCACACCUGAACUGAGGAAGACAUGGUUAGACAGCAUGGCAAGGAUCCAUGUUAAAAAUGGAGAUCUUUCAGAGGCAGCAAUGUGCUAUGUCCAUGUAGCAGCACUGGUUGCAGAAUAUCUCACACGAAAAGGGAUGUUUAGGCAAGGUUGUACUGCUUUCAGAGUAAUCACACCCAAUAUUGAUGAAGAGGCUUCAAUGAUGGAGGAUGUUGGAAUGCAAGAUGUUCACUUCAAUGAAGAUGUGCUGAUGGAAUUGUUGGAGCAGUGUGCUGAUGGACUCUGGAAGGCAGAACGCUAUGAACUCAUUGCUGAUAUAUAUAAACUUAUCAUUCCCAUUUAUGAAAAACGGAGAGAUUUUGAGAGGCUUGCUCACUUAUAUGACACCCUUCAUCGAGCGUACAGUAAAGUUACAGAAGUUAUGCAUACAGGCAAGAGGCUGCUGGGGACUUAUUUCAGGGUGGCAUUCUUUGGACAAGCAGCGCAAUACCAGUUUACAGACAGUGAAACAGAUGUUGAGGGUUUCUUUGAGGAUGAAGAUGGAAAGGAAUAUAUCUAUAAAGAGCCUAAACUCACACCUCUUUCAGAAAUUUCGCAAAGACUCCAAAAACUCUACUCUGACAAAUUUGGAGCUGAAAAUGUAAAAAUGAUUCAAGAUUCUGGCAAAGUAAAUCCUAAGGAUUUAGACUCAAAAUACGCAUAUAUUCAAGUUACACACGUAAUUCCAUACUUUGAAGAAAAGGAGCUGCAGGAAAGAAAAACAGAUUUUGAAAGGACUCAUAACAUUCGUCGCUUUAUGUUUGAGAUGCCCUUUACUCAGGGUGGUAAAAGACAAGGAGGAGUAGAAGAGCAGUGUAAGCGACGGACUAUUUUGACAGCUAUACAUUGUUUCCCAUAUGUAAAAAAGCGCAUUCCAGUGAUGUACCAGCACCACACCGAUUUAAAUCCAAUUGAAGUAGCCAUUGAUGAAAUGAGUAAAAAAGUUGCAGAGCUUAGACAGCUUUGCUCUUCAGCUGAAGUAGAUAUGAUCAAAUUGCAGCUGAAGCUACAGGGAAGUGUGAGUGUUCAGGUUAAUGCUGGUCCAUUAGCAUAUGCAAGAGCUUUCUUAGAUGACACUAACACCAAAAGAUAUCCAGAUAAUAAAGUAAAGCUCCUAAAAGAAGUUUUUAGGUAUGGAAUGGAAGGUUUGGGAUUUCUUGGUGAUGGGGGAAGGGAAGAAAAAAACUGA